CUAAUGUGUGUCUGUGGACUAUGUACUAAAUACUUUCACUUUUAAUAAGAUUAAUAGGUAGUGUGCUACAUUUGGGUUCCAAAAUGGUGUUAACGUGAUAGAAGAUACGUUUGUUUUCUUUUAUUAAGGAUGAAAUUUUUCUCGGUAAUCAUUGUUCUACUUUUCCUUUCCACUUCGUACGCCCAAGUUGCAAACCUCUUCAAAGAUUUGAUCCAAUUCAACCUAGCUGGGCACCCUGUACUUCAUAAGGACCAACUGUGGCCAUUCGAUCCUGAUGUUGGGAAGAGGCGCUCUAGACAGUAUCAGGAAUUAAAUGGACAUUUUGGAGAGAAAGCCAUUGAAAGAUUAGGUUUGGGAAUCGAUGGAUACGAUAUCGAAAGGUUGGAGGCUCAGAGAAUAAGAGACGCCGGACAUCUAAAUGGAGUUGAUUACAAUGGCGCAGAUGGAUUGUAGUUUCAUGGGAUAUGUUGAAGAAUAGUCUUAAAUUUCAUAAAAAUAAAAAUAUUACUUUCGGUAUCAUUUUUUAUUGCAGAUUUGUUAAUACCAAAUUUAUAUUUGUACUAGUCAUGUAGAUGUAAUAAACAGUAAAUGUAAAUAA